GCCUUUUCAAGGUCGAUUACAGCCAUAUUUUAAAACUCGUAAUAAAUCCCGCGCAAUCUAGUUUAUGCCUUUUACUAGGAAAUAAACAUCGAGAACAUCCCUGACAAAUGGAAGUAACAAAGUAUCCCCAGCUAGAUAUCGAACUACCAUUGGAAAAUGGUGACACCUCUCCGAGCGAAAACGAACUGGAGGUUGUGAGCGGAGAAGAUCGUGCAGGCAUGGCGUUACUCGAAAUGUGCUAUUAUGAUGAGUACGGGGAGAUGAUUUGUGGACCAGCGAUGGAACACACAGCAAAGCCGAUUAGUUCCGAUGAGGAACUGACAGAAGCAGGCGACACAGGGUCACACGAGGUCCCAGUAGUCCAGGAGAGGAGUUCUAUUCGCAAGGUCACCUCUCACAUACUAUUGCGUGAGCCGCUCCGGAAUGAUGAGGAUAUUUGUAUGUGCGUCUACGAUGAGUACGGAAAAAUGAUUUGUGGAUCCGGAGAAGACUUAGAAUCAAGAAAGAAUAGAGAAACGAAAGAGCUGGUAGUUCCGAAACAAGUAUCGCUCAGAGGAGAUGCAAUGCGUCGGGUCGCUUCUCAUGGACACCUGCGAAAGAUACAAGGAGCUGGUUAUCCGGGGUCGUAUUUCUACGAUGAGUAUGGGGAAUUGGUCCAGAGGUCAACAUUGACGCCACCCAGCCCAGACGCAUCGGGUGUGCUUCCAUUAGAAGAGCAUUACGCAAAAGUCCUUCCCACCAUAAAAGCAAGCAAGAUGGAAAAAAUUCGGCGUGCUGGCUCCCAUAGUAAGCUGAGUUCCACAGGACAACAAUCACCUCCAUCCCGUGCGCAGAACCAGUGCCUGAAACAUCCAAGACAUGAAAAGGUUACAGUGAAACGAGGAUCUGACGGCAAAAUUGGAGUGAAAAUUCGACGAAUGGCAAGUUAUCUCUACUUCGCCUACGUGGAAAAGGGAUCACCAGCGGCCGCCGCCGGCAUUGGAUUCGGCGACCAAUUACUCGAAUUCUCUGGCUAUAACUUAACCGGCGCAUCCGGGUCCCGAGUGGAACAUUGGCUCAAAGAAAGCAAGCAGACAGAACUCCAACUAACUGUCGUGAAGAGGCCCUAUGAUUUCGACUUAAGGGGGACCGUAACACCGCAAGGAGAUCUAAUUUAUAGCACAAAGCUUGGUAAGCGGUUGGGUACCGUGAAACUGAGCAAGGUACUCCACAAAGGACACCUUAAACACUUGCAAUUACUCUCGGUGAAUUCAAAACCAAUAUUGUGUCGGAGUGAGGCAGAGAUCACCGAUGCAUUCAAAGGCACUCAAGAUACAUUCCGUCUACGCGUGAUGCCUCGGCUUCUGGCAGAUCAUCUGACGAAACAGUUGGAUAAAACGAGCGUUCGAGACUGCAUGCAACUUUCUCAGCUGAAAAACUGAUACACGUUCAAGAGAAAUAAUUGCAACUUUUGUAUAAUUAUCUGAUCAUCACAGCUGUAAAGCAGAACAAUUAGUUCCUCGUGUAUGCAGUUUGCGUGAAAUGGAAUAUAUCUGUUCUGCACAUAUGUUUU